AGGAUUCGCACCCGCCGCGAGCUGAGCCUCGGUCUGUACGAGCACGGGGUGUUCGACGCGGGGGGAUCCUACUGCCAGCGGGGGAACGUGUGCUGCCACGGCCGCGACGACGGCUGCACCGUGCCCUACCACGACACCCUCUGCUACUGCGACCUCUUCUGCAACCGCACCGUGUCCGACUGCUGCCCCGAUUGCCUGGGUUCCCCACCGCCCUUCCCCAAAGCGCCAGGCUGUGCCCGUGCCGGACUCAACUAUCCCACUGGAGCUACAUACCGGGAGAACUGCAACCUGUGCACCUGUGGCCCUGGAGGGCAGUGGCAGUGUGAGGACCAUGCCUGCCUGAUGGAUGGGGAGCUGAUCGAUGCCAUCAACAGAGGCAAUUACGGCUGGAGAGCUGCCAACUACAGCCAGUUGUGGGGCAUGACGCUGGAGGAUGGGAUCCGGCACCGCCUGGGCACCUUCCGCCCCUCUCCCACCGUCAUGAACAUGAACGAGAUGCACAUGAACAUGGACUCCAACGAGGUCCUGCCACGCCACUUCGACGCAGCAGCAAAGUGGCCUGGGCUGAUCCACGAACCUCUGGACCAAGGAAACUGUGCUGGUUCCUGGGCCUUCUCCACAGCAG